AUGGUUAACUCUAGAUUUACAAAGAAACAAUUGAUAUUGUUAUUCAUUUUAUUUGCUGCAAUAUCUUUAAUGUUUGUAGAGUUUCAACAACAAAAUACAAUUACCAAUUCAUCAAAUUCAUUUUCCACCUCUCACUAUGAACAACCAAUAGAUGAAAAUUAUGAAAAUGAAAAUAAUAAUAAAUUAGAUUUGUUAAAUAAUAAAAAAUACAAAAAAGAUAAUAAAUUAGAUAAUAAUAAUAAUAAUAAUAAUAAUGAUAAUAAUAAUGAUAUUGAUGAUAAUGAAUUUAAAGAUAAUUCAUUCUUUGAUCAAAGAAAUAAAGGACCAUUUGAUAUUACAAGAGAUGAAUUAAAUAAUACAGAUUCUGAUACGAAUAUUAAAUACCAAUCAAGUAGUGGAAAUAGUGGAAGUAGUAGCAGUAGUAAUAGUAUAAAUAUAAUCAAUAGAGAUAGUGAUAAUCAAGAUUCAGGUGUAGAUAUAGAUUUUCCAAAUUUAAAUAAUAAAAAUGAUGAAAAUAGUGAGGAUAGUGAAGAAUUUAAUAAAAACAACAAUAAUAAACAUGUUGUUUCUACAGCCACUCCAAAAGUUGAUGUCAUAGGAAUGAAACGAAAGAGUGCUUAUCAGGAGAAAAAAGAGAGAGAAAGACUGAGUAGAGUUGAAGAGUUGCGAUUGUUGGAUCGUGUCAUCGUAGAGUACAGAAAGGAACGUAUCUUGAUCGAAGAGAACACUCUCGAAGAUCCAGAGUGGAAGGAGAACUUUGGUUAUGUCGCAUGUCCAAACUACACUUGGUACCAAACUCCCAGUGAAUCCGAUUGGCUAGCGCUAUUCGAAGAUCCGACUUGGAAGAGCAACCGUUCACUCAACCCAUUCUACUUGCCGAAACCACAUAUUUUCAUCCACAUUCCAAAGACCGCCGGUACCAGUCUGGUGGAGCUGUUCAAGGCGAAUGAGAUAGCGGAACGAUUGUAUCACACUAUUUCACAUCCUCAGAUUCAAGAUAUCCCGGGAUUGGCAAGCAAAACAUCGAUAUUUGGACACAUUCACUUUGGAUUGCAUCUUUACUACGAGGACACCGAUCCUAGUUUGGUGGCAGAGAGACCCGAUGGUUUGAUAAAAUACAGCUAUCUGACUUGGUUUAGAGAUCCGGUCGAUAGAAUUAUAUCACAUUACUUCUUCCUCAGAGACAGUAGAGAUCAUCCUGCACACGGUAUAUCAAUGAUAUAUAACAUUUCAGAGUGGAUCGAAAAGUCACCGAUUGGCGACAACGAACAGACUCGAAGAAUUCUUGGAUCCAGUAGAAAUGAAAAGUUCACAGAUGAAUCGAUAGAAAUUGCUUUACAUCAUUUGAAAUACUCAAUGAAAUUUGUUGGAUUGACAGAGAGAUUCGAUGAAUCAGUGGUUUUGAUGUCACAUUUCACAGGAUUUAAAAAUAUUAGCUUCCCAAAGACAAAUAUUGGAAAACAGAGAACCAAGGUUGAUGUUCCAGACGAAAUAAGAAGAUUAAUUGCUGAAAAGAAUUGGAUGGAUGUCAUCAUUUACAACCGAGCAAAAGAAAUCUUUGAAAAACAAAUUGAUAUGAUUGGAAGAGAUUUUAUCAAUGCUGAAGUCGAUUACUAUAGAUCUAUCCAAAUCGACAAAUUUAUAUCUCGCCCCAAAUCAAUAAAGAUUGAAAAUGAAAAUCCUUAUAAAGAUAAAAAUAAUUUAAAGUAUCCUCUUGAAAAAGAAAUAAAUAAAGAAAAUAAGUUAAUAUAUGAUAUUAAAGGAAGGGAUGUUGAAAAUAGAUUGAGUAAUGAAAAAGAUUCUAGUAUUAAACUAGAAAUUAGAGUCUUAAAUGAAUAUACUAGAAUGGAUAUUGAAAAUGAAUUUCAAAUUCGAAAAGAAAAAGAAAGAUUGGGAAGGGAAGAAGAAAUCAAUUUAUUCAAGAAAGUAAUUAUAGAGUAUAGAAAAGAAAGAAUAUUAUUUGAACAGAAAACACUAGAGAAUCCACUUUGGAUAGAGAUGGUUGGAUAUGUAGCACUUCCAAAUCAUACACGGUACCGACCACCAAAAGAUUCAGAGUGGGAGUCGUUGAUUAAAGAUCCAUCUUGGAAGGUUGAUUCUUCUUUAAAUCCCUUUUACCUUCCAAAACCACAUCUAUUCAUUCACAUUCCAAAGACUGGAGGUACAAGUUUAGUUGAGUUGUUCAAAGCCAAUGAAGAACCAGAGAAGUUACUACAUUCUACCAAUCCUCAAAUUUUCAAUGUCCCAGGAUUAACAAAGAAGCAGUCAAUAUUUGGACAUAUUUUUUUUGGAGUUCAUUUAUAUUUCAAAGAAAGUGUAGAUUCAUUAGUAGUUCCAGAAAGAAAAGAUGGAUUGAUAAAGUACAGUUAUUUGACUUGGUUUAGAGACCCUGUAGAAAGAGUAAUAUCCAACUACUACUUCCUCAGAGAUAGCAAAAGACAUCCAGAGCAUGCUUUGGCAACAGUACAUACUUUAAAAGAAUGGAUAGAAAUUUCACCGAUUGCAGACAAUGAACAAGCUAGAAGAAUUAUUGGAUGUGGUAGAGGUGAUAAAUUUAGCGAUGAAUCAAUAGAAAUUGCUUUACAUCAUUUGAAAUAUUCUAUUAAAUUUGUUGGAUUGACAGAGAGAUUCGAUGAAUCAGUGGUUUUGAUGUCACAUUUCACAGGAUUUAAAAAUAUUAGCUUCCCAAAGACAAAUAUUGGAAAACAGAGAGUUGUAGUUGAAGUUCAAGAGGAUGAGAGAAGAUUAAUUGCUGAAAAGAAUUGGAUGGAUGUCAUCAUUUACAACCGAGCAAAAGAAAUCUUUGAAAAACAAAUUGAUAUGAUUGGAAGAGAUUUUAUCAAUGCUGAAGUCGAUUAUUAUAAAUCGAUUAAUAAUCUUUUAUAA